CGCGCAACAAAAGAGCGGCGCGCGUGGACAGCAAGACCGAGGAUAGAGAAGGCCGGGUGAGGCGGCAAAGCAGCCAAGCCUGAAGUACCGCGGGCCGGCGCCUGUGGCCGCGAGCCCUUUUUCGCCCAAGUCCACAGUCCACCCGACGAGCGCCUCCAACAACGUGCGUCAUCCGCGAGCAUCCACCAGCCGCAUUGCGCCCCUCUAGAAGAAGCCAUCCUGCCCUCCCCUCGCCGCCAAUUGCAUCCGCGCCCCGCCCAACCUCCCAACGGCCGUCUCCGCUGCAUCCACGCGCAUCCACAGGCAGCCCGCCGCAUCUGCAGGAACCAAUCGCCCGGAUCCGGCACGCCGCGUGCUGUACCACCCACAGCUAUUCGCAACGCGUGCGGCGACGCAGUACAUGGGCUGUGCAGCUGCUCCGGUCUGGCCCGCAGCCACUGAGUAGAUAUACAGCGACGCCAUGCCCCGCGCUGCCCCCCGCAACGGCGGCGGCACGAGCACUGCGGUCGCGAUGCCCAUGCCCGCUGAAGGCGACGCUCCCCCCGUGCUGCGCGCGACCCGAGGCUACGGCACAUUCGACGCAGGGGAGCUGCAACCACGCCCGCGACCGACAGCACCGCGGCGGCCCUCGUCGUCGUUCCUGAUCCACGGCGGCACCCCGUGCGUCGACCAGCAGGACUUCCACGCGCUGCUCGGCGGCUUCCUCGCAGAGCUCAACUGCCGGCUCGACCGCAUCGACUCGUACGGCCAGCUCAAGCUCGACACGGGCGUCGAAUACGCAUACUCGACCCUCCUCGCCGUGCGCGAGUCAUGCUCCAAGAUCUCCGACGGCGCCCUCGAGGUCGGCCGCCGCCAGGCCGCCGUCUUCGUGGAGACGCUCGAAGGCCGCUACCAGCACGCGCUGGGGUCCAAGGAGACGCUCGCCGAGAAGGUCGUCGAGGGCAUCCUCCUGAUUGAGGACUGGGUCACCGACCUCGAGACCCGCGCCUAUGCCUUCCGCGACGCCGGCCUCGAAACCGUCAACCAGGAGCUCGUGCGCGCGCGCUCCUUCGACCCCCGCGAGCUCCUCCAGCACGCCGUCGACGCCGGGCUCGACAAGGCGCACCGCGCGCGCCAGUCCAUCGAGCUCAAGAUCGACUUCGCCGUGGACCGCGCCCUCGCCCGCGCCAAAGUGCACGGCCUGAUCCGCUACGAGGACCUGCCCGCGCCGUGGCAGGCCAACGAGCACAUCCUGACGGGCUACCGCUUCUACGACGGCCACUGGGCCUGCAUCCGCUCCAUCUGCGGCAUCCACAACGAGUCCACAAACAUAUGGACGCACCUGCUCGGCGUCAUGGUCAUCGUCGGGCUCGCCUUCUACUUCUACCCCCAGCACAUCAACUUCCACGCGAGCACCACGACCGACAUCGUCAUCGCCGCCAUCUUCUUCUUCGCCGCGUGCAAGUGCCUGCUGUGCUCCUGCAUCAUGCACACGAUGAACGGCAUCUCCCACCAGACGCUGCUCGAGCGCUACGCCUGCAUCGACUACACGGGGAUAUCGCUGUUGGUGGGUGCCUCCAUCAUGACGUUCGAGUACACUGCCUUCUACUGCGAGCCCCGCUCCCGCUGGGCCUACAUGGCGCUCACCGCGGCCCUGUCCCUGGGUGGCGUCUACCUCCCCUGGAACCCGACCUUCAACCGCAACGACCUCGCCUGGCUGCGCGUCACCUUCUACGUCGUUUUAGCCCUGACCUCCCUGCUCCCUUUCUUCCAGCUCAUCGCGCUCCACGGGCUCGAAUAUACCGCGAGCUUCUACUACCCCGCCGUGCCGUCCAUGCUGAUCUAUUUCAUCGGCGCGCUCAUUUACGCGGCGCGCGUGCCGGAAAGGUGGCUCCCGGGGAAGUUCGACUAUCUGGGCGCGAGCCACAACAUCUGGCACGUGGCCGUGCUGUGCGGCAUCGUCGCGCAUUACUUUGCGAUGCAGGAGAUGUUCCGGCAGGCGCAUCUGCGGAGCAGCGCCGAGUGUCCUGCGCUACCGGCGUUUUCCUGAAUUUCCCUUCCUUUCUUUAUUCUUUCCUUUUGGGGACGGGGAUGGGGUUUCUUCUGAGAUUUAGCGUUGCAUUAGAGGAUGCAUUUGCAUGGGCGGGUGCUGCAUGGAGGUAUGCAUGGCAUGGGUUGGAGCCAGCGAGCCUGGGCUUGAGCGUGCCGGUGGUCGGCACAGCUCGCCUGCGUGGAAGGGACUAGCACGCAUGGUGUGAUUGAUUGAUUGAUUGAACGUUGCAUAUGAUGGUAUCUAGAGUCUACUAUACAUCAAAUACAUGAACAAGC